GUGUCUAGUGUUUUGAAUGAUAAUGCAUCGUAUUACAUAAGCAUGUGUAACUCAUUACAGAAACUUCCAAAAGAUUCAUGUCCUCCAGAGGCUGCAGUUUGUCGAGUUCAAAACAAUGGAUGAGCAGAGGACUUACUAUCUUAAUUUCUGUCAUGGAAUACAGCAAAAUAAUGAUACAUUUGGUUGUUUACCUGAAGCAGCAAUCUGUAUGGUGGACCUCAAUGGCUUUCCCUUAUCAUUAGGCAUGGUAGACACUGUGAAAGUGAAAUCAUUUAAUUCAACUGACAUGUUACUUACAUUUGAAUCUGGGGACAGUAGAGCAUGUUUUGCUGUCAACUCUGAUGAAACUCUCAAACCUGUGACAAGAGUUUUUAUGAGGUGUGGAACAAAGCUGGGCCAGCCAGUAAUAAUUUCAGGACCUGAUUCCAAAUGCUUUUAUGAUUUUGUUUGGGAAUCCAGCUUAGCCUGCUCUGAUUCAGCGGAGGAAGUAAAGCUAGAGAAGAAUGUCAUAGUAAAAAACUCAAGAUUCAGUUAUUCCUUGGACAUUGGAGGUAUUUUGAAUCGAACAUUUAUUGUAAAUGGUACUUCAGUUUCUGGUCAAUAUGUGUAUGAAAUUAAUUUGAAUGGUGUUUCCCAGAAUUCGUCGGAUUCGAAUGCUUGUUCCCAGGCUGCUGUUUGUCAGACUAAAAUAGAUACAGAUUUUAUUCGAGAUAUUGGUAGCACUGACUCUAGGAUCUUCGUUGCGAGAGGCUCCAAACUGCAUAUAACAUUAGUAUCUCAAACUCAACCAUGUGUAAAAAACAGUAGGAAAAAUGUGACCACAAUUAUCAAUCUACAGUGUGCUUUGGCAGCUGGAAUUGUCACUGCCUAA